AGAAUAUUCCAAGAAUAAAAUAAGUUGAUCAUCACUGAUCCAUCAUUCAACAUACAAAGCAAAAAACAGUGGUCGUUAAAGUGUAACUGUGAAAGUGAAACUCUUGCAAUCCAUGUUUAUCACAAAUUUACUCAAUCUUUAUCAACACAACUGUAUCACCAUCAAGAAGAAACAAACUUAAGAAAUGGAUAACCUCCUGUUCUUAGCUCUGAUGAUCACGACCACAAACAAGGUGUUUGCAGCUUCAUCUCACCACAUUCCGACCACCCUAGAAGGCCCUUUUGCGCCGGUAACUCGCCGUUUCGACGCGUCGUUGCGCCGCGGCAGCGAUGACUUGCCUAUGGAUCAUCCUCGCCUGAGGAAGAAUGUCACCUCUAAUUUUCCUGAGCAGAUUGCUCUUGCAUUGUCCACUCCAUCCUCACUCUGGGUUUCUUGGCUCACUGGGGAUGCACAGAUUGGGCUGAAUGUGACACCACUUGAUCCCACAACUGUGGCUAGUGAGGUGUGGUAUGGCAAAGAGAGUGGUAAAUACACUGCUAAAAAAAGUGGGAUUUCUCUGAUUUACAGUCAGCUUUAUCAGUUUGAGGGGCUCUUGAAUUACACCUCUGGCAUCAUUCAUCAUGUCAAAAUUGAUGGGCUUGAAGCUAAGACAAAAUAUUACUACAAGUGUGGGGAUAGUUCCAUAGAUGCAAUGAGUGAGGAGCAUGUGUUUGAGACAUUGCCAUCACCUAGUUCUGAGAGUUACCCUUGUAAGAUUGCAGUGGUUGGAGAUUUAGGCCUCACUAGCAACUCCACCACCACCAUUGACCAUCUCAUCACCAAUGAUCCUUGCCUGGUUUUGAUGGUUGGCGACUUGACAUACGCGAAUCAGUAUCUCACCACCGGAGGCAAGGGGGCCUCUUGCUACUCCUGCGCCUUUCCUGACUCGCCCAUCAGAGAGACUUACCAGCCCCGUUGGGACGGGUGGGGAAGGUUUAUGCAGGCCGUGACAUCGAGGGUGCCUAUGAUGGUGAUCCAAGGGAACCAUGAGAUUGAGCCUCAAGCUAAUGACUUAACAUUUGUCUCAUAUAUGAGUAGAUUUUCAGUCCCUGCAGAGGAGUCUGGUUCAGACAGCAAAAUGUACUACUCCUUUGAUGCAGGAGGUGUACAUUUUGUGAUGUUGGGAGCUUAUGUGGACUACAAUAGGACAGGUGAGCAGUAUGCUUGGCUGAAGAAAGACCUGGAGAAUGUGGACCGUGGAACGACCCCGUGGCUGGUGGCCACGUGGCAUCCGCCGUGGUACAACAGCUACUCGUCUCACUAUCAGGAGUUCGAGUGCAUGAGGCUGCAAAUGGAAGCGCUUCUGUAUCUACAUGGAGUUGACAUUGUGUUUUCUGGUCAUGUGCACGCGUAUGAGCGAAUGAACCGGGUGUACAACUACACGUUGGAUCCGUGUGGGCCCGUGUACAUCACGGUUGGGGAUGGGGGUAAUAUCGAGCAAGUAGAUGUUGAUCAUGCAGAUGAAGAGGGGAAAUGCCCUUCUCCUAGUGACAAUGUGCCCGAAUUUGGGGGCGUGUGUCACACGAAUUUCUCGUUUGGAGCAGCACAAGGCAAGUUUUGCUGGGAGACGCAGCCUGAGUGGAGUGCAUACAGAGAAAGCAGCUUCGGACAUGGCAUGCUCGAGGUUGUGAACUCGACGUAUGCGCUUUGGACAUGGCAUAGGAAUCAGGAUAUGUACAAAGAAAACAGCCGCGGUGAUCAGAUUUACGUUGUUCGACAGCCUGACUUGUGUUUGGCUUCAUCCAAGAAAAAUGGAACAUCCCCUGCUUUACCACCAUCAAAUGUUGCUGCUGCUGCUUUUACCAGUCCUCUGCUACUCACCAUUUUGUUCCACUUGGUUGCUGUAUCUCUCCAAACUCUCAGUUAUGUGAAUACUCUCAUUCAUCACUCACUUUGUAUGAUUUGAAGCAAGAAAGAAGCAGAAACCUCUCAAAAUAUGUUUAUGAAAAAACUAUCAACAUUUGAUACAUCA